AUGACGUUAACCGACUUGGAGAGCUUCUCUUGCGCCCCGGGAGCAGACCCUCAGAGCCCGGUGAAACACUGGGCAGCCGCGCCUUGGGAGAGCAGAGAAAUCCCUGUGCGGAGGGAGACCACGGUCCUGAGGCGGACACAGACCCCGACCCCGGAGUUGAGAAACUGGGACACCUUUGCUUCUAGGUACUUCUCUAUAAGAAGGAUGAAGAUACCUUCAGUAUUGAAAAAGCUGGCCCUCAGGGGGCCCUACAAACGGACUGCCAAGAAAACAAAAGCACACUCUGUGAACUUGGGUCCAGUACCAGCCGAGGAAGAUGCAGAGAAAGUGCCGAGAGGUUCUGUGUAUUGUAGAACCUCUGAAAAACCUAAGCCUUUUGGCCAGGAAGAGUUAAUUGUUAACGAUGGAAUUGCCCCACCACAAAGAAUCCUUUUUCCACCUGAGAAAAUUCGCAUGGAUUGGCAACAGCCACUGAGCGUUGGAGUUGGACUGCAGAAUCUGGGCAAUACAUGUUACCUUAAUGCUACUCUGCAAUGUCUGACGUACACACCUCCUCUGGCCAAUUACAUGCUGUCUCUUGAACACAGCAAGUCAUGUCAGGAAAAAGGCUUCUGCAUGAUGUGUACAUUGGAAGCUCACAUUAACCAGGCCCUGCGUCUCUCUAAGAAGGCUGUCAAACCCAUGUCUGUUAUCAAUGGCCUUAGAAGAACAGGAAAGCAUUUCCGCUAUGGCCGUCAAGAGGAUGCACAUGAAUUCUUGUCCUUCACCGUUGAGGCUUUGCAGAAAGCUUGCUUGAAUGGAAGCACCACGUUGGACACAUCUUCUCAAGCCACCACACUUAUUAAUCAAAUAUUUGGAGGAUACCUAAGAUCCCAAGUAAAAUGCUUGAACUGCAAAGCCGUUUCUGAAGCGUAUGAACCAUUCCUCGAUAUUACUUUGGAUAUAGAGACUGUUACAUCUGUUACCGAGGCUCUGGAACAAUUGGUGAAACCUGAACAACUGGAUGGAGAAAACAGCUAUAAGUGUAGCAAGUGCAAAAACAUGGUUCCUGCCUCCAAGAGGUACACAAUACAUCGCUCCUCCAAAGUUCUCAUCAUAACGCUGAAAAGAUUUUCAGCUUUUACUGGUGGCAAGAUCAACAAGGAUGUAAAAUACCCUGAAUAUUUGGAUCUUCGAGCAUAUAUGUCCCAGUCAAUGGGAGAACCACUCAUCUAUUCUUUAUAUGCAGUUCUUGUUCAUUCUGGUUCCACCUGCAAUGCAGGACACUAUAUCUGCUUCAUAAAGGCUGGCAAUGGAUUUUGGUAUCAAAUGAAUGAUGCCAUAGUGGAGCGUUCUGAUACCGAAACGGUUCUCAAUCAGCAAGCUUAUUUACUUUUUUAUAUCAGGCGCUAUGAUUUGACACUUGGAGAACGUGGCUUUUACUUACCAGCACCGUCUUAUCCCCGUUCAUUCCUUGGUCAAUCGGGGUCUAAUAGUAAGCAGGCCGGAUUUAUGGGACCACGACUUCCUCCUCAUAUGAUUAAGAAUUCAAGUCGUUUAAAUGGAAACGGACCCCUAAAAGAGGAUACAAAUCCUGUUGGUAUCACAUUAAAAAGGCCAUCUUCCGCUCCACCAACCGCUUGCAUUCAAAACUGGGCAAUUACCAGUCCUUCAGCUACGGAUCCAUCAAAAGCCCAGAAGAUCACUCUCAGUAUUCAUAACAAAUUGCCUGAGCGUCAGUCUGUGUCACAACCUGGCUGUCUUGCCAGUGCUUUGGAGAAUGAGGAUCUCAGCAAGACCGUGCCUUCCUCCACAAUUACAAAUUAUUUCAGAGCAGAGUCUACCUCAAAUGCAUCUACAGUGGCAGUUGCGGCUAACAUUUCCAAACAGGAAGUUCCUGAUGAAAUGUCUGUAGAGCCAGCAGUGAGUCCAAGUCCUGCACUCGGCUCCGAUGCUACAGUCCCUUCCAGUGCGGAGUCUUCAGGAAAAUCUGAGGCGUGGAAUGGCGUGUUUAAAAUGAACUACAAAAUAUCUUCCAAUGGAAUUGUAAUUUGGCAGGUGGUCGGCACAUUGCAGAAUUCCCGUUCUUUAUGUGAGAGUGCUGAAGAAGAGAGAUCCCAUCCUGAGCUGCCACAAAAUGAUUCACUAAAUGGUGCUAUUAGUUUAGAUAUUGUAUCUAAACAAAAUGGACUGGAACUUGAUAUUGUUUGCCAAGUCCGACCUGCUAAACCUUCUGAGAUUUUCUCUGCUAAAACAAAUGGAUUGAUUGAAGCAGUACUUGUAGCUGAGUCACCAGUUCCUCAAGAAAUAAUCUUAGAAUCCCUGGCCUACAACCACCUGAACAGGUCGUCAGAGAAAACAAGGUAA